UACGUACGUUACUCUCUCCCCUCUGCAAGAUGAAUACUAAAUUUCGAACAGAGCUUCCUCUAUAAAAUCGACAGUUGCUAUUUGUACUCCUGGAGCUUCAGAAACUCAUAGAGAUUAGCAAAAUGAAAUUUUUCAUCGUUCUCUGUGCAAUCAUUGCCAUGGCUUCCGCCAUUUCUACGGAAGAAUUCCAGAAAAUGCGCGAGGAGUGCUUCAAGUCCGAGAAGGUCCCAGAAGCAGACAUUGAGAAGUUGAAAAAUCGCGAAUAUGGAUUAGACUUGGGUCAUGAAGCCAAAUGUUAUAUUCGCUGUCUCGGAAUGAAAACUGGAAAUUGGGAUGACACCAACGGUUAUGAUGUGGAAAAGAUUUACACCGAUUUUAGGACGGCUGGAUUGGAAGUGACCAAGGAGAACUUAAACAAAUGUUUCAAAUCGAGUGGUGAUGAUGAUAAAUGCGUAUGGGCUGCCAAGGACCUGAAAUGUUUGUGGACAAAUAAAUACAUCAGCAGGAAACAAUAAAUCAAUUGAACAAAUUAUUUGAUAGUGGA